AUGCUCGACGACGACACGCUGCCACUAGUGAAACCUGUAUCGCCGCUGGUGUCACCGCCGACGUACCGCGCAAGCGGUACAGCCUGGUCGGCCUACGUAAGUCUCAUGAGUACCAUGCUUGGUUCUGGCAUCAUGACAUUGCCAAGUGCAAUGGCAGCGACAACGCCCCUUCCAAACGCCGUAUUGUUGGUCAUGACCGGAUCCAUGGCCCUCAUGUCUUUCCGGACACUGUGCCUCGUGGCCGACGCUACCGAAGCGUAUUCAUACGAAGCCAUCAGCACCCGCGUCUUUUCUCCGUCUCAAGUGUGGGUGCUGCGAAUCCUCACCGUUCUUCCUUGCUUUGGCUCCAUGUUGAUGAAUAUGCUCGUGGCCGUGGAUUUGUUGCUGCCGUUCCAGGCGCUGUUUUCCCGAACGAUACUUUGCCUUGUCUUUGCACUUGUGACAUUUCCUAUGUGUCUCCCAAACACCCUUCACGCCCUUCGCAUGACCAACACCAUGGUGGUGACGUCCGUGCUGUACAUUGUAGCUGUGCUAGCCGGUCACGCGUAUGGCCUGCCGUGGCCACACGACUCGGCGGUAGAGCGACCCUUGAAUUCGUUCAGUUGGGGAGGAGUGGCUUAUGCCAUUCCAAUCCAAAUCUUCAGCUACGGGUGCCACCUCAACCUUGUCCGGACGUACGGCGAGCUCGAACACAAACAAUCGAUGCGGUGGGUCAUUUUCUGCAUCGUGUCGACUGGUUUGGCCUUGUUCGCAGUUGCCAGUACCUCUGGCUAUGUGAUAUUCCAAGGUCAUCCCCCCAGCAACGUAUUGGCUGGGUUUCCAGUCGCCGACAUCAGCAUCACCAGCGUUCGAGUCGUUCUCGGUGUGAGUUUGUUGUUGAAAAUGCCCCUUGCGUUCCAUCCCCUUCGAGACAUGCUGGAAGUCGUCGUCUUGCCUCGAUUAUUGUUCUCCACGACAGCAUUCUCACCACCGUGGUUUCGAGUCUGUAUCACCACCAUAAGUCUAGGCAUGGUCACGUGGAUUGCCAUCCGAACGUCGGACCUGGGCACGGCCAUGACGUGGGUGGGGACAUUUGACGGUGUGAUGUUUCACUUUGUCGUACCGGGGCUGUUUCUGGUGUCCACGCCCUCGAGCCAGUUUGCGACGAGGUUGCCUCGAUGUGCCACUGAAAUGGGCUGGGGGGUCGUGUGUAUUGGCCUAUACGUGGCCGUGGCGUCGUUGAGUCGAUUGGUGUAA